AUGGGAUUUGUGAAGGCGUUAGCGUCGUUCUAUGAGUUCCUCAGAGUGAAUAUGGGCUCCGAUAAGGGCCAGGAUAGAUUGCAAGAGUUGAAGCAGGCCUCGCAUCAGGCACGGCACAUCCUAAGCAAGUUGAAGUCGGAAGACAAGAAGUUGCAGUCAUAUCGUGGAGUGUUGCCGUCGAGGAAGCCGCAAAAGCCGGAGGAACCGUACUGUGUUGCUUGGGCGAUCGUCAUGCACACGCGAGUGAUCGAGGAGAUGAAACGUAUCUACGUCGAGUACGAGCGGAGCUUGACGAUCAGCAGUGGCAACUACAACUACUAUACAGGCGCACUCAUGUCCUACGUCGUGCACUGUAACACCGCAAGGAAUGAGUACGUCUAUAAGAUGAUGUACGGCUCCGUAUUUUCGCCGGCAGAUCGUGAGUCGAGCGACACACCACCACGCUUCAGAGUUGGAGUGUAUCCGAAGGGAAAGAAUGUGGACGCAGUACGCGAACAGACCACGUUCCACGGCAAUUUCUUCGUGCUCGACCAAAUGUUAUUGGAGCUGGUCGCGUUAUACGACGUGUUGCGCGUCGCAGUGGCCGAGCGGAAUGGUCUGCACAAGGAUGAGGUGCAGCAGCCAACAUCGAAGUUCUUUCUGAACUGGUUCGCGAAACCGUUCGGAAAGACGCACACCAUAAAGGUGAUGCAACGCUUCCUGAAGAACACUGGCUGCGGAGACCUGAACAUCUCGUGCAACACGUCGCGGCACCGGACGGCAAAACUGCAAUUCGAACGAUACCUGAAGAGAUCGUAUGAAGAACUGCGCGGUGGAGUGGAUCCUGCAUGCGCAAUUCUCUCAGGUCAUAAAGCAACAACGCAGCUGCAGUAA